AUGUUCUUGCAUCCUUUCAGAACGUAUUCAUGGAAUUUCAACUUUGAAAAUUUUUUACUCAGCAUAAACUUACUAGACGUAAACGAUAACGAACCAGAGUUUAGUGAACAGCUUUAUAAUGCCAGUGUGUCGGAAAAGGCUACAAAGGGCACAGUUGUAAUAAACACGAUUCAAGCAACAGAUAAGGAUGUCAACAGAACAAUUACAUUCUCAUUAUUGCCCGGUGAACCUCCAGUCUCAUCAUUUCAUAUAGACAACAAAACAGGUACUAUCAUUAAAGUAGAUGUAAUUGAUAGGGAACAAAAUGACUCGGUUAUACUUACAAUCGUGGCUCGUGAUAAUGGGGUUCCUUCGAAGAACAAUACAUCAGAGGUCUACGUUGACAUCUUGGAUUUUAAUGAUAACGCCCCACAGUUUAUCAAUUUGCCGUAUAAUGGACGUAUCAGCGAAAGUAUUACAGUUAAUAAGAUAGUUUUAAACGUUUCUGCAUGCGAUAGAGAUGAGGAAAUGAACAGUAACGUCACAUAUUACAUCAAAAGUGGAUCGGGUGGAAAUUUCUCUAUUGAUGAAAUAACUGGCGAAAUAACAGUGCAGACACCGCUUGACAGAGAAACCCGAUCUGAGUAUAACAUUGUUGUCAUAGCAAAGGAUAAUCCAUCAGACGCAGCCUUUCAAAAAACCAACGAGACAACAGUUCAUAUUUCGAUUUCCGAUGUUAAUGACAAUCCACCGAUUUUUCCUCAAUACACAACAACACCCAUAUUAGAAAACUCUGCAAUCAAUACUACAAUAUUGACGAUAUCUGCCACAGAUGCGGACCAGGAAAAUACCAACAAUUCAAUGUUGGUCUAUCACGUUGAAGAUGACAAUUUCAAUUUCUUCAAUAUAUCAGGAAAUGUACUUUAUAUACAAACAGAUUUAAAAGAUCAUGUUGGCUUUUACAAUGUAACUGUGGUUGCAAAUGAUUUAGGAUACCCACAAAUGUCUGCGAACACAACUAUUCAAGUUGAAGUGGUGGAUGUAAACCUUCAUGCGCCGUAUUUUAAUAGCAUUCCUCAAGGCAACCGCCUAACCCUUUUUGAGUGUCUUCCUGUAGGAAGUUUGCUUUAUGCAUUUACAUACAUUGACAAUGACACGGACCAGAACAAUAAUGCAAAAGCGGAAUUUAACAUCAGCCAAUAUCAGGAAUCGUUAGAUACCAUUCGCGCCAGUUUCGAUUUGAAUGCAAACGGUUCUCUUUAUCUGAAUGCUUCCCAAGAUGUUAACAAGAAAAGAAGUUAUCAGUUUUAUAUCCAACUCACAGACAAAGGUAUUCCUCCGCUUUCCUCUGACAAACAGUUAAUCACUGUUCAAAUUAUCGAUGUCAACAAUCAUCUUCCAACCUUCAAGUCUAAUAAAACGGAAAUGAGUCUGAAAGAAAACUCAACACAGGAUUUGUCUAUCGGUCACGUUACAGCAUAUGACGAAGAUACGGAAUCAAGACAGUGUUACAGUUUUAAAGAAACGACGAAUAUGACGUCAUACUUUUAUCUUAAUAACACAACCGGUGAGAUCAAAAACACAGUACCAGUCGACUAUGAAGUAAUCCAUGUCAUUAAAUUCACAAUACAUGUUGAGGAUUGUACAGCAAAUACUAACGCGACAUGUAAUGGUUCCCGAAACGAAGAGGAGAAACGCAAACAAAUAAAGGAGACAGACGUAAUAAUAAAUAUAAUAGAUAUCAACGACAACCCUCCGAGUUUUAUCAAAGAACGAAUUGCUACAGGAAUGGUGCAUGGAACGGAACCCGGAGAUAUACUUGGAUUAAAACUCAAAAACGAGUCAUAUGUAAAAGACAUGGACUCAAAACGAAACGCCGCCGAUUCCUGGCACUUUUCAAACGACGGUAGUGUGUCCUUGAGCCAAGGUCUUUUGGCAUACCUACAACCUGGUACUGGCGUAGAAAACUGCACAGACGGUCAAAAGCAUCUGUUUUGUGUGACACCUAAUGGCACAUUUAUUUCAAACAAGAUAAUUGAUGAGACUUUGGCAGGGUAUUUUACUGUACCAAUAAUUGUUCGAGACAAGGCGGGCUUUGACAAAGCAAAUGUUACGAUAUAUUUGAUAAGCAGAUUCCAAAUUUUGACCAUGAUUAUUCGGGGAAACAAAGAACAAGUUUCAGUGAACAUAGAUCAGAUAAUGAGUGAGUAUAGUGCGAUCACAGGAAAAACGUUCGUAUAUGACAAACUGUCCAAUCACAAAAAAUCAAAUGGAGAUGUGGUAACGACAAGUUCGGAUUUGGAGUUCCAUGUGGUAGAUCCCGAAACCCAGAAGGAUUGUUGGGGCUUUUAG